GGUGCUUGGCCCGUAAAUCGGUGGGGCACGAGAACGAACACCCUUUGACGAUUCGGCGGCGAGCAGGCUUUGGAGUUUCUUCGUGCUGUUGCUUUUUGCGCUGUCGAUCUUGAAGUCUUCCGGCUGGCUGGGUUCGCAUGCAUCGCGCGUCAACCGGAUGGAUCAUGGAAAAGCUGUCUCGAAUGCCCACGUCGUCACGGGCUGGGAAUCAGGCCAUGGAGCGGGUCGGAAUCCUUCCCCUCCCCAAACUCGUCGAGAUUCCCGUCAAUUGGCUCUACAGCAUACCGUAUCUGGAGAAAGAGGAGUGAGGCAGAGCCGUACUAUAUUGUGUUGCGACCUCAUUGGUAAGCGUCAUGUAUGACCUAGAUUAGCGGGCAAGGGUCAAGCGGGAUAAUGCCAUACUGGCAAACCCGCAAACGUCCGUCGACUGUGGCAGCAGGCAAACACUUCUUUUUUUUUCUCGUAGCGGCCAAAAAAAGGAGCAAAAAUCGACAUCCUUUUUUUCCCGUGUCUCUUCCUGGCUCCGGAGUGGGAAAAGGCGAGGCAAAGAUAAGGGCGUGCCAUGGUGGACCGUCUAAAGUGGGCCAGGCAAAUGCUGAGAAAGAACGAUGGGUCUGAGAGACGGCUCGGGUGUCCGACACAAGCCAACACUCUGGGAUUCGAUUCUGCGACUAAACCGAAUGGCGUCAUGCCAGGGCAUUCAAAAGGCACAUGCAUCCGUCGGUGUGGAGGCGUCCCAGUGGUGGCUUGAUUCUGGUCUUCAGUGUAUGUAAGAGUGCAUGCCGCUAUAGCUUGUACCUGCCGACACUCACACACCUUACCAAAUUCCUUUAAGCGUCCCUGCUCUACCUCACAAUCCUGUCAAGAGCUUGCUCAUAAACAAGAUUGAAGCAUCAUGUCUCUUCCAGACGAGAAACAUGAAGAGGUCAUCGUGAGCAGGCCGCCAACUGCGGUCUGUCCACCGGAGCGUCCCAGCGAUGCCAGCGCUGUGGACAUUGAGAAGUGCAUAAUCAAGGACAUUUCUGAGCUACAGCUCAAGAUGACUGAUGACAGUUCGUCCUUCGACCUCGAAGCGCAAGCCCACAGGAAGAGAUGGCUUGCGCCAGUGCGGUACACGAUCCUCAACAUCUACCGCCGGCUUUUCACCUUGGUGUUUGUCGCCAACAUUGGUGUCUUCAUCUAUGUGCUGGCUGCAGACCGAAAGCUCCUAGCACUGGUCAACGCCGCAGCAGCGAACCUGCUCGCAUGCGGGCUGGCUCGACAGCCCUUGGUUGUGAACACGAUCUUCGUCACGGUAUGCUCAAUACCACGAAGCGCUCCGCUGUGGCUCCGCCGGAUUGCCUCCAAAGUGUACCACUAUGGUGGUGUCCAUAGUGGAUGCGGAGUUGCUUCACUGGUUUGGUACCUGGGCUUCGUGGGCCAAUUCUCGCGCGAAUACUGGUUCCCUGCCGGGGGAGUUUCGCCUUUCUCUGUUGCGCCAGUUAUCCUGAUGUACCUUAUUCUCGUUUUGUUGUUGGCCAUUAUCCUGGUCGCCCACCCAACAUUCCGCAUGAAGAUGCACGACUACUUUGAGCUUACCCAUCGGUUCUCCGGCUGGCUGGUGGUAGCUCUCUUCGUCAUCCUCCUCAUGGUCUUCGUCGACGAAGCCUCUGCUGCUGAAGGGACCCCAAUGGGUCGCUUCCUCAUCGAACUGCCUGCAUUCUGGUUCCUGAUGGUCGUCGUGGUAGCCAUCGUGCAUCCGUGGAUCCUCCUCCGCAAAGUGAAAGUGACACCCGAGAAGCUCUCCCCGCACGCUGUGCGUCUCCACUUCACCCACGGAACAACCACCUUUGGCAAGGGUAUUCAACUCGCCAAGCACCCACUGCAGGACUGGCACGGCUUUGCCACCUUCCCGAACCCCGACGGCAAGAGCUUCUCCUGCCUCAUCUCCAAAGCCGGCGACUGGACCUCCGCCGCCAUCAAGGACCAGCCAACAUAUAUGUGGAAACGCGGCGUGCUCACUUACGGCUUCGCGUACGCGAUGCGAGUGUACAAGCGCGUCGUAGUCGUCACAACCGGCUCUGGUAUUGGGCCUUGUUUGUCAUUCCUUGGAGACGAGAACCGCCCGAAACUCCGCGUCAUCUGGCAAACGCGCGCCCCCAAGCGGACAUACGGCAAAGAGGUCCUGAACUUAGUUGCGAAGAUGGAUCCAAACCCCAUUAUCAUCGACACGAACUCGUCCGGCCGAAUCGACAUGGUCCCGUUUAUUCGACAGGUCGCGAAGAACUUCGACGCGGAAGCGAUCUGUGUUAUCAGCAACCCAAACGUCACAAGGAGAGUGGUGUAUGAGCUAGAGUCGACGGGCGUGCCGGCGUACGGUCCAAUUUUUGACUCAUGAGUGUGCUGUUGAUUAUGUUAAUUGAUGAUUCCCCAAUGUGUUGUCCUGUUGUCCUGCUUGGUUAGAAGAGAUAUGAGUGAUCUAAUAGUUGACGAUUCCUAAUGGAUAUGACACGGUAUGAUAUGAUCUGUAUGUAGUGUUAGUCAAGUCCAAGCAAAAGUUCAAGUUCAAGCUGCAUCGAAGCGAAAAAACUUUCCGCGGGGUGUUGUGCUAUAAGAGAGAUGAAAUCACAUCGAAGAAAACACGAGAGGGGCCGCAGCGAAAGCGAAAAGUAAAAGCGCCAGAAACAAGGCAAGAAAAGAACCGAGGCUGUCUUCGCACAAUUAUCCAUUCUAGGUGGCAUCCAGCGCCUUCCCGCAUACACGGCUCGGAGUAAACUCAGCAAGCUGCAAGUCUUACACUG